UAGUAGUCGAACGGCUCUCGCGACGGACGCAUUAGACUCUCGCAGGUAUAGGCUGUCGGUCGCGGGGAUUAUUAGCCGCGUUUUCGGCCAUCGAUUUUAGUAAAUCCUGUACUAGACAUGUGAGCCAGGGGCUUGUAUGGUUGUUGUUUCUCUUUUAUUUUCAUUCUUCGUUCUUCUCCUGCCGCGGAAGGGAAGCUUCGUCUUUGUUAUAAGACUCCAGCUGAGGGAUUGGAUUAUUACGCGCACGUGUCGAUAGUGGUAAGACGUACUGCUGUGAGCGUCUGAGGAGAGCAAAAAGCCCGACGAGACAUGGCCUCGAAGGCGGCGAACAGCAGUUCCCUGGACCUCGAGUCCAACAAGGGGAGUUCGCUGGAAAACAAUACGACAAUGUCGCCCAAAGCGAUCAAUGAUGCGAACUUUUCCGGGCUGCUCUCCAACUUUCUGUCGGUUUACUGGAAGUCCCUCAUCGUCGUCGUCUGGCCGAUUAUCCUUCUUCCUCUGAUAAUCUUGAGCGACGAUAAGAUGUUUCGGUGCCUGUACACGGUCGCGCUGAUGGCGAUGUUCUGGGUGACCGAGGUGAUACCGCUACCGAUUACCGGUAUCAUCCCGAUUUUCCUCUACCCGCUCAUGGGUGUCAUGGACACGGCUCAGACCUGCAACUGUUACAUGAACGACACGACCAUGAUGUUCGUGGGUAGUCUGGUAAUAGCUGUGGCCAUUGAACACUCGGGCUUGCACAUGAGGGUGGCGCUGCUCAUCAUCAAGACGAUCGGUUGCAGCCAUCGCAACUUGAGCCUGGGCCUGUUCUUCGUGACGAUGUUCAUAUCCAUGUGGAUCUCCAACACGGCGGCCACGGCGAUGAUGCUGCCGAUCGUCGAGAAAGUCCUCACGGAGCUGGAAGCGCAAGGUCUGGGAGUAAUGUUCGUCCAGGAGAAAGAGUCGGAAGGGGAGUCGGAAAGUCCGAAGAGACCGACCAAGCUCACGAUGUCCUACUACCUGGCCGCGGCUUACGCCUCGAGUUUGGGUGGGAUCGGCACUCUGGUUGGAAGCGGUACGAAUCUCACGAUGAAGGGGAUCUACGAGGCGCGGUUCACCAAGAGCCCGGGCAUCAACUUCGCCGCGUGGAUGGUGUACGCGGUACCGGCGAUGCUGAUCAUGGGUACCCUCAUCUGGCUCUGGCUCCAGGUCAUGUACAUGGGAAUGUUCAGGCCCAACAGCGAGGACGCCAAGGCUGUGAACAUCGGCCCCGAGGGUGAGAAGAUCGCGACGACUGUGAUAGAGAGCAAGUACAAGGAGCUGGGGCCGAUAACCUGGCACGAGUCCUCCGUUGGAUUCCUCUUCGUCAGCAUCGUGCUCCUCUGGUUCUUCAGGAAGCCUGACUUCAUUCGGGGUUGGCCUACUUACAUCACCAAUUUAACCGUGAAGGACUCGACAUCGGCAGCCGGUCUGAUAAUCCUGCUGUUCAUACUACCCGCUCGACUGGACUUCCUGCACAGCUUCAGCCGCGACCCGAGCAAACGUCCAACCAAACCCUCGCCCAGUCUCAUCUCCUGGAAGAUCAUCAACCAGAAGAUGCACUGGAGCCUGAUAUUCGUGCUGGGCGGUGGUUUCGCCAUAGCCGCUGGCAGCCAGUCGUCCGGACUCUCGAGCAUGUUGGGCCAUGCUCUCAUCGGUCUCAAGACUAUGAAUCCCUUUUGGAUUCUCUUCGUCGUCACCCUCUUCGCCGAGACGGCCACCGAGCUCACCUCCAACGUCGCCGUCGCGAACAUAAUUCUGCCGGUUUUGGCGGAAAUGUCCGUGGCUAUCCAAAUUCAUCCGCUGUACCUUAUGGUCCCGGCGGCCCUGGGCUGCUCGUUUUCCUUCCACCUCCCGGUGGGAACACCCCCGAACGCCAUCGUCAGCGCGGCCGGAAAGAUCAAGACGAAGGACUUCAUAAUCGCCGGUAUCGGGCCCAGCAUCAUCACGGCCAUCGUCGCCACCGCAUCGUUCGCUACGUGGGGUGUCUACAGCUUCGGCUUACAGGAAUUCCCAGCCUGGGCUGUCUGAAUCGAUAGAUGAUGUGCCUCUUUAGCUAUUUAUUUUCAUACAUGUUAUAUAUAUAUACGCGCUAUUUUUGUAUUUUACGCAGACUGUCGCUAUUGUCUGAUGACGAUCAUGUACGAAUCUUAAUGUCGUUCUUGUCUAUACAUACGAAUCAUUCCAACGAUAUUUUUUAUAUAACGUUUUACCGAAUUUGUACAUUGGGUAGUGUUGAUUAUUGACAUACUCGACAAUCCGCGCUUUUGUAUAUAUGAAAUUAUACAUUGAUAGACUGACAAUCUAAGGUAAGGAGUAAGAGAGUGUAUGUGUACAUAUAGGCAGUAAAGAUAAAUAAACUUGAAAGAAAAAAUAAGCAA